AUGGAGCCGGCAAAGCCGGAGAUCAUUCAGGCUGUGCAUGCGUACCACGCUCUGGCGGGCUUCGGCCAUGCGCUCCGGAGGAGCCCUUCCGGCAAGCAUCGCUCGAGCUUCAAGACAGACAGGAUAGACCAGUUUUGGAGUCAUAGUUGGCACGGGAGCAAGUUCAACAAGGUAUUGACUGCCAUGUACUUAAACAAUGGUAUGCGUGCGGUACUGGUAUCAAGCUUGACCAGUCUCAUGAUGAUGAUUCUUGUCUUCAUGGGCCUUAUUCCUGAGCUCCAUCCCAGACCUGGUUUGCCUGGCAUCUCUUGGUGCCUUCUCACGGGCUUCGGAAUAUAUCUGCUGGUGUUAUUUGGCUGGAGGCCGAGACACAGCAUCUUCCUUGACAUGUUAUGCAUCAAUCAAGCGGACGAGGUCGAGCAAGUGGCCGGAGUUCUCAGUAUGGGUGCAUUUCUGAAAUGUUCAGAUGCACUCUUGGUGCUCUGGGAUGCGACGUACACACGUCGGCUGUGGUGUGUGUUUGAGAUGAGCGCUUUUCUGCAUAGUCGGCCGGCUGGGGAAAGACCCAAGCUGAUUAUCCGACCAACCAUCUUGGGGCCUUGCCUCAUCUCUCUUCCCACAGGUUUCUUUGCCAUUAUUGUUGCUAUCGGCUCACUGGACUGGGAGGAGCUUGUAGAGAAGACCUACAUAUUGUUUCCUCUCAUGGGGCUGUGUGCCUCCAUAGGCGGCUACGCAUCUAUUGCAGCUUUACGGGCUUACUUCGGAUCAGUGCAACUGCUACAGGACGAGCUAUGCAACUUCACAGUUCUGGACAGCCUUUGCUCUUGCUGCAGCGCCAGGCACAUGUCAAAACGAGGCCAACCCCUUCCAUGCGAUCGGAAGAUCGUUCUCCAAUGCAUCACGGAAUGGUUUGGCAGCAUUGAGGCCUUUGAUGCAAAGGUUCGGACAGAUGUCUUGGAAUUGCUUUCCGAGCAGCUGUCCAGUGAGAUCUGGACCUACACGCAAUGUGCAGGUUCAGCUGUUCCAAUACUAUGGCAUCUCAUGGACAACGCAACCACUUUCUUCGAUCACGCUGACAUGCUGCAUAUUCUUUGGGCCGUUCGAGAGCUUAUCCGUGGGCUUGGAUGGACGCUAGGUGUUGUGCCCCUGGUCUUCUUCGUGGGAGUCAGCUUGGCAUAUGCGUUGCGACGCAGGCGCAGGUGGCUUUGCUGUAGCGUGCUGGUCAAUGCUUUCAUUGUGGGAGUCUUGGUCCUGGUCUUCGUGGCAGCCCUA